ACCAACAGAUUCGCACGUAAAGCAUGCAUUCUGUGGUAAAUCGACUGUUUACUGUCACGAGCUCCCUAAGAGCAGGGUUGCAAGCAUCCAAUUUGCGCAAACGCAGGCGAGGAGCAGCAUAGCGUGGUGGUGAUGCUCGCUGCAUGCCGCAUGUCUCGCGUCGCAUAGCGCACACACACAGACGGAAGCGGGCUCGCGUCAGCUUGGAAUCACCUUUACACAUUAUUUGGCGUUCAGUAAACGCGACGAAUCCCAGGAAUUUGGGUUCGACACACGCGAAACCGGACGGUUUGCGAGCACCAGCACGUUUCCAUCAGCCUCCAACGCGUUACUUGAAGUAAUCAUGGGAAAACAAAACAGCAAACUGACCCCUGAGGUGAUGGAGGACCUUGUGAAGAACACAGAGUUUAAUGAACAUGAGCUCAAGCAGUGGUACAAGGGCUUCCUGAAAGACUGUCCCAGCGGUCGACUAAACCUGGAUGAGUUCCAGCAGCUCUAUGUUAAGUUCUUCCCUUAUGGUGAUGCAUCUAAGUUUGCGCAGCAUGCGUUCAGGACCUUUGAUAAGAAUAGUGACGGUACUAUCGACUUCAGAGAGUUCAUCUGCGCCCUGUCCAUCACGUCACGGGGAAGCUUCGAGCAGAAGCUCAACUGGGCCUUCAACAUGUACGACCUGGAUGGAGACGGCAAGAUCACUCGAGUGGAGAUGCUGGAGAUUAUAGAGGCUAUUUAUAAAAUGGUGGGCACGGUGAUAAUGAUGAAGAUGAACGAGGACGGUCUGACACCAGAGCAGAGAGUGGAUCGGAUCUUCAGCAAGAUGGAUAAGAACAACGACGACCAGAUCUCACUAGACGAGUUCAAAGAAGCCGCCAAGAGCGACCCGUCCAUCGUGCUGCUCUUGCAGUGCGACAUGCAGAAGUGAAGCAUGCUCCGGACUGAACCAGUCAUCCGUUUCCACUCUCAUUUCCACAAGAGUAACAUGUCUGGACUACUUUUAAACGAACUUUCUUUGUGUGAUCGAACAACUAGUAUGCAUGAGAACGUUAACCGCUAAAGAGUUUAGAGUAUAUCC